AUGCCCACAGAACUUGAAGAGCUCGUAGGGUUCAUUGCCCACCCGAACCCGCAGAUUCGGUUGGUAGCCAUUGAGAACCUGGUGCCAUAUUCGGUUUCAGAUCCUUCCAUUUUCAAGAGGGAGAACCUCACUCCCGUCAAGCACCUCAAGUUUCUGAUACGAGACCAUCCUAAAAUUGCCGAACAUGCCCUCACCAUUCUCAUCAACUUGACAGCAGAUGCUAGUGUUGUGGAGUUUGUCGCAUCAGAUGAGAAGUUCCUCGGAAUUGCAUUAGGCCUGCUGGUCCUAAUCACCAUACUCCGUCUUCAGGAUCCAAAGGAGCCCAAUGCAAAUUUGUUGGCUAUGUUGCUUGCCAACAUGACAAAGUGGGAUGGACUGAAGGACAUCAUCAGCCGCAAACAACCUGCUCCUGAGAGCCUCCACUCGGAUGAGCUUGUCCUCAACCAACUGAUGGAUCUCUUUGUUAAGGGCGCCGACGGGUCUUACAACAAGCACGCUGAUUACGACUACCUCGCAUAUGCAUUGGCUGAUCUAUCGAAACACGAAGAGAUUCGCCGAUUUUUCCUGUCCGAACAGGAGUAUGACAGUGUCCUUCCCCUGAACAAGAUCAAGGUUUUCACCGAGCACAAGUCCGAUAUCAGGAGGAAGGGUGUAGCCAACAUCAUCAAAAAUGUUGCCUUCGACGUGCCAUCACAUCCUAAAUUUUUGGAUGAGGAUCAGAUCAACAUUCUGCCGUAUCUGCUUCUUCCCAUCAUUGGAAAUGAGCAGUACGACGAGGAUGAGAUGUUGGAUAUGCUGCCCGAUCUGCAGCUCUUGCCACCCGACAAGCAAAGAGACACGGACAACAACAAUAUCCAGACACAUAUCGAGACACUAACACUCCUCACCACGACAAGAGAAGGGAGGGAUCUCAUGAGAAAUGUGAAGGUGUAUCCUGUCAUCCGCGAAACCCAUCUCCGGGUCGAGGACGACGGUGUACGCGAGGCUUGUGAGCGGCUGGUAAACGUCAUUAUGGCCGACGAGGCUGAGCAUGGCGCUGAAAAGGCGAUAGAGGAGGAGGACGAUGACGACAACAGGAUAGUUGAGAUCUAA